AUGGUUAUGGGUCGGGUCUGUAUCUUGUGGAAUGGUGAAUUGGCUAUUGUGGAUGGGAUUUUUUAUAUGUUUCUUUCAGACGUUACUGUUGCAAAAAUGUUACCUGCGGAAGAGGCUUUUAAUGAAAACUGCGAUUUUACGGCUUUGAGAAUUGCGAGUGUUACGACUCCAGGGCUACAGUAUCCGCUGGUCGUUGGUGCCAAUAGUGAACAGCGGUUUAUGGGCAGGCUAUUUACCAGUCUGAGUGGUGGUGAUGGUGGUAAGUGGUGA